AUGACUGGUUCUCAUAGUUGGUAUUCACGCAAAGCACCCAAAAGCAGCUCUAUCAAUAAUAGCAAAACACGGGGCGAUUUACAGGCAGACAAGGUUAUUCGCGGCCGUAUUACCAAACCUGUUUCUAACAAAGAGAAAUCACAUGAACGACCAGCCAAUAUCAAAGACGAAGAUGAUACGAUUGAAGUUCUCGCUCCGGGGGCACAAGCGAGCCAGUUGAUCGAGGAAAACGGCGAGCUUGAUGAGGAUAUCCAGAACUCCAUUGAGGUAGCUCUUGAUUAUGAAGAAGACAGCGAAGGCAGCGAAGUGAACAAGCCCUCAGUGCAUACCGCGGAAAAUACUUCGAGCCAUCCGAAUAAUACUGUACAAGAGACGGUAGAUACGGAUGAGUCGCAGAGUGACACAUCCCAUCACAACAAUUCAGCUGAAUCUUCCAUCGGCGAGGAGACAACUCAAGACCACGACCCAAAAGAAAGAUGGCGCUAUGAACAAGUUUUCCUCAACCAAGUUUUAAAGGCGCGAGAUGAAUACACUUUAAUGCCGACGACCUGGCGAAUGCACUUCCGAGGUGUUCCUCUACCCGAAGGCUUGUUCUACGUCAAGACCCAUGCUGUAAGUACUCGACCAAGAAUAUACGCGCGCACAGAUAAGCUAGAAUAUCAAGGUGCUACAGCACUUCGCAAGCUUAUGGAUAUUCACGGACGAGUUCGCGACCUCCGAAGGGCGCAAAGGUCACAUACGGACGAACAAGAUAAGAAUAUAUGUGGGCGCAGACUUGUCAAUCAUAUUAAGCAAACACUCGCGCAGGCCUUACGAUGGUCCGUAACCGACGGAAACAUCAGAAGAUAUCGCCGUGAUUUCGAGCCCAACAUUGUGAUACUAGAGAUGAAUGACGAAAACAAGUCAGACAUGGACGUAGUUAUCCAAACCGAAAUGACGAAGCUAGCUACGUGGUGGCGAGAUAAACUAGCCCUCGUGCCUGGGGAAGUACGGCCAGAGGCGCCUGUGCUCUUUUGUUUUGUUAUUUUUAAGCAUAUUGUGUUCAUCGUCACAAUGGACGCCGAGAACUCGGAUGCUGUCUGCCAUAUUCCGUGCCAACUGAAUCUAUCGGAAGAGAAUCAGUAUCAAUGGAAUGCCUUAGCAAUUAUGGUUACCAUCUGCUGGGCCAGAGAUCUUUAUAUAGAUAUGAUGGACCGUUUGCUAGUGGGUGUGGAUUAUGACGAAGGCAAGCAUUCGAGCGACCCGGAUGCUUAA